CAUUUUUAUCCAACCCCACCGUUUCAAAAACAAACACAAAUCGUCUCUCUCUCUUCUCUAUAUAUAUUUCUCUCUCUCUCUCUCUCUGUCAUCUGUUUCUCUAAUGGCGAUGAUGGUGGAGAAUAACUACGGUUACGGUGGUGGAGGCACCGGAGAAAGGAUACAGUUGAUGGUGGAAGGUCAAGGCAAGGCGGUUCCUGCUCCGUUUCUCACGAAAACAUACCAGCUUGUUGACGAUCCCGCGACGGAUCAUGUUGUUUCUUGGGGAGAUGAUGACACUACUUUCAUCGUUUGGCGUCCACCCGAGUUUGCUCGUGACCUUCUCCCUAAUUACUUUAAACACAACAACUUCUCUAGCUUCGUUCGUCAGCUCAACACUUACGGUUUCAGAAAGAUUGUUCCAGACAGAUGGGAGUUUGCUAACGAGUUUUUCAAAAGAGGAGAAAAGCAUCUACUCUGCGAGAUCCACCGGAGAAAAACAUCUCAAAUGUUACCAAACCAACACUCUCCCUUCAUGACUCACCAUCCUCCGCCACAGAUUCCCUUCUCCACCGCCGGCGCUUCUUUCUUCUCUUUACCACCGCCCGUUGACGCCGCCGACGACCAAUACUGGUGCGAAUCUCCCCCGCCGAGGGCAAGAGUCGUCAUACCCACCACCGUGGACGCUCAAGUCACGGCGUUGACCGAAGACAACGAGAGAUUACGACGAAGCAACACUGUGUUAAUGUCGGAGCUUGCUCAUAUGAAGAAACUAUACAACGACAUUAUCUACUUUGUUCAGAAUCAUGUCAAGCCUGUCGCUCCGAGUAACACUUACUUAUCCUCUUUCUUACAGAAACAGCAACAACCUCCUCCUCCUCCUCUCGAUUAUUACACUGUCCCUAAUCUCAAUGCCUUGCACUCUCCUCCUACCUCUCAAAGCUCCAUCACUGUUCUUGAAGAUGAUACUAAUCAUGAGAGUAAUACGAGGAAGACGAAGCUUUUUGGAGUUUCCUUGCCUUCUUCCAAGAAGAGAUCACAUCAUUUCUCAGAUCAAAGUACCAAAACUCGACUUUUGUUGGACAAGUCAGACCUUGGAUUGAAUCUCAUGACUGCUUCUACACGUUAAAAGUAUUUUUUUUUCUUUUCUUUUCUGUGUUAAGUAUCAGCAUUAUUAGCACUAAUGUUGUUUAUGUAUCAACAUCAAUCUUUAUAUAAGAUUUCUUCUUUUUCUUGUUUA